AUGGUAGAAUUUUGGCGGCGAUGCCUUUUUGUUUGGAAGGACUUUCGUAUAAAAUGGAUACGGCGCAGAUAUUUGUGGCGUGCCAGCUUCUUCUACAACUGCGUCAGCUGUAUUCUCGUCGUGGGACUUUUCCUUACAUUUAUACUGCACUAUCUCAUCACGAAAUACAGUUUCUUCGUCAAUUACAGCUGCUCUGCCAGGAGUAGUAAAAAUAUAGUUUACAGCAUCAUGACACAAAUGAUCUUGAUAGGUACACUCCUACUUAUCACGAUCCUCCUCGGCAGGCUCUGUAAUUUGUUUUCCAACUAUUCUUUGGAAGAAUGCCGGUAUUCUAAGAGACUUAUAACCGUGUUGGGGUUUACAAUCAAGUGGUUACCGUCCAUUGCGGGGUUCCUUAUGGCCACCCUUUUCAUUCUACAGUUUGCGUGCCUUAUAUGGACACUAGCGAAUAGCCGACAGUGGUGUGUCAACAGGUUUAACGAAGCUACUGUCAACGCAGUGAAAAACUGUAGACUAAUCCACCAGAGUCGCGCAGCAUGCAAACUCGACUACAAAAUUACAACGAAGAAAGAAAUUCGUGAAUGCAACAACGCGGGAUACCUAAUAAACAAAAGACUUAUCAUGCUGGCACUCUCUGACGAAGAUAGAGGGUGUAACAUAGAGGACAUAGUAGUAUGCCACGCUUUAGCCAGCGUUUUUGAGGGAAAAGAUGUGAACUGGCAUGCCGAUCAGCUUAUGGGAUGUCUCGGACGAUUGCCCAAGCAAGAUGAGUCGCUGCUUGACAACUUAAACCCAAGUGAUCUUUAUAGAUUCCUCUUGCUUUUUCACACCACUGGUGUGAUAUGCAGUACACUUAUCAUCGUUUUUUUCUACGUCGUCAGAUUUAUCACUGAAUACGACGCGAUGAUAUAUCAGCCUCGAAACUCCAGCGAUAACUGCUUCAUCAAAUUUAUCAGGCCGUUAACAAUGUGGUCAUAG